UUUCCAUCGAAUGGACGGAGACCAAAACAAGCAAGCAACUUGGCCUUCAAUCUUCUUCUCCUUCGCGCUCUCGCCACGCGCCGCUGCUCGCCACAGAGCACCAAUCCAAGAUUCCAGAGCGGGCGGUAUAAGAGAGGGGUAGGAGGCUACACCCCCGCCGCCUCCACACUCACCACCCGAUCGAACACCGCCGUCACAGCGCGUCGCGGCGGGGGCGAUGGGCCUCUUCGGCGGCAAGAGCGCCUCUUCGAAGCAGACCGCCAAGCUCAAGUCCCUGAUCAAGCUCGCUGCCGCGCGCGUCGCCGUCGCCCGCCGGCCCCGCCUCGGGCGCCGCUCCAUUGCCCGCGGCGAUGUCGCGCAGCUCCUCUCCAUCGGCCACCUCGACCGCGCUCUCCUCCGUGCAGAGCAAGUCAUCGACGAGGACAACAUGCUGGAGGUGCUGGACAUCGUAGAGCUCUACUGCAAAAUCCUCAUCGAGCAGGCCACGCAGCUAGAUAAGCCCAAAGAGUGCGGCGAGGAGAUCAAGGAGGCGGCGGCGGGGCUCAUGUUCGCGUCGGCGCGGUGCGGCGACCUGCCGGAGCUGCUCGACGCGCGGGCCAUCCUGGCGGACAAGUUCGGCCGGGACUUCGCCGCGGCGGCCAAGGACGGCGCCCACGGCGUCGUCGAUCCCACGUUGGUGCGGAAGUUGUCCGGCGCGCCGGCGAGCACGGAGCAGAAGCAGAGGCUGACUAAGGUGAUCGCCGCCGAGAACGAUAUCUUACUGGAAUUUCCCGAGAACACCGGAGAUACCGAUCAGGGCAAGCAGAAUGAACAAGCCAGGAACGUCCGAGCUGAACAAUUUGUCGAACAGAAUGAGGUCAAGAGGGAGCAUCACGAGGUUCAGGGGAGGCAGAGGUUUGUUGACGAAGAAGUGAACCCGAUACUUGCUCGGCUGAGCGUGCAAGAACAGUACGCCGACGCCAGGAUGGCGGCGGAGGCGGCCUUCAAGUCGGCAUCGUUCGCCGCGAUGGCCGCGAGGGCGGCCGUCGAGCUCUCGCGGUCGGAGUCGCAGGGGAAGGGAUCGAGAGGCGGCGGCGGCGGCGGCUACGAGAAGGUGCAUCCGGUGCAGAAUUCGGUUGCGGGCGAGAAGGAGGCGCCGCCCUCCUGGAAGCCGCACAAGCCUCCGUCGCCAUCGACGUCGCCGUCGUGGAGCGACAGGAGCACGGCGACGUCGGUAUGGUCGGAGGGGACGCAGAAGGGGAAGGGCGUCGUGUUCGACGGGAGCGACGAGGAAGUGGACGACGUCGCCUGGACUCCGCAGCUGCGCCGGCCUCCCUACAGGAGGGCCUCCACUAUGGGCAUCGGCGGCGGCGCGUGGAACGGGGAGGCCGGCAGGGUCGGCGCCGACCCGCAGCCGUUCCAGGACGGCGUGUACAACAACUCGCAACACCCGCGCCCGCCGCACAGGAGGCACGCCUCCGAGCUCGGCGCCGGCGCCGGCGCGCCCCGCGAGCCCCUGGUGUCCCUGGCGCCCCAACGCGGCCAGUACAGGGACCCGCCCUACAGGAGGGACCCCGCGGCCUACAGAGACAUCAACGCCGGCGCGGCGCAACGGCGGCAGCCGGACGGCGCCGGCGCGAGACCGUACGAGAGCUCGGACCACGUCCACCCGCCGUACGCUCGGAUCGUGUCGGCGCUGGAACGCAGCAACGAGCACAUCGCGCGGCACGAGGAGGUGCGCAGGAUCGGCACCGGCGAGCGGGUGCUCCAGGAGAGGGUGUACGGCGCCGGCGGCGCGCCGGGGCGCGCGCCGCUGAACCAGGAGCAGGGGAGGCUCAACUCGGUGCGCACCCGAAGAUGAGGUGGUGUCUUCCGGUCGUUGGUUUUGGCGCGGCGCAGCGCAUUGGUCAGUCAGCUCAGCUGUUGAAUUCCGGUGCAGGAGAACUGGGGGCCGUUGCUUUUUUGCUGGCAAACCGGAGGUUCGUCGCGCGGGAUCCCUGGAGAUACAGGGAAAGGGAUCCCCUGGCUUAACAGCUGUGCAGUUGAGUCAUGUCAGUGACUCAACUGCAUGUGCAGUUAAAUUAGAGGAUCUGCUUUCGAGAUACAGAUAUGAUAUUCUGCCUCUGGGAAAUCAAAUGUGUAUAAUUAAAAUGGAUUGCGCUAGAAACGAAAGAGAAUGUACAAAUUACAGAGGUGAUAUAUUCCCUUUUUUUUUUGUUGUCCUGUACAAAGGAGUUGUAAUCACCGUUUUGCGAAAGGAGACGGGUUAACUGAGUCUUUACGGGGUGAUCGAUGAAUUGCACAACUCUGCACGCUA